AUGGUAGAGGCAGGAUGCAAUGGUUUUACUAUUAAUAUGGCAUAUAUUAAAAAUAAAGAGAGUUUAUAAAUAUUGAAUUAAAAUAGAUGCUAAUUGGAAUCUGAAUUUAAAACUAAAAUACCAUUAAAUUUAAUUUUAAGGGGACAGGUUAUAAGAGUAGGAUAAUUGCAAGAUUCUGAAACUUUGAUAGAAGAAGGAAAUAUUGUAUACUUGACUUCAGAUUAGCAUAAAGUAGGAAAUAAUUAAUUAAUUCCAAUAGAUUCAAAUGAAUUUCUGGAGAAAUUAAAUAUAAAUGAUAAAUUAGCAAUUGACUAUGGUCAUAUAAUACUAGAACUGAUAGAUAUUUAAAUGUUCGACCAAGUAAAUGAAAAAAUAGGGAUAGAUUAAAUAUGUUUAUUGAGUGGAGUGAAAAUAUAUAUCUGCAAAUGUUGUAAGACUGGAACUUUGAAAUCUUUUAAACCAAUAUCUAUAUUUGUAGAGAAUAAGACUUCAAAGGAAGAAGAGCAAUUAGAAUAAGUAUCACUAACAGAAAAAGAUAACUUAGAUAUAGAUUAUGCUUGUGAAUGCAAUUUCGAUAGUAUAACAUUCUCAAAGGUGAACACUGCAUUCGAUAUCAUAUAAGUAAGCUAAGUUUUAAUUAAAGAAUAAAAAUACCCGCAUGUUUAAAUAUUUGCAAGAAUUGCAGAAAUGUUAAAGGAAGACUAAUUAGAAGAAAUCGUUAAUUUGGCAGAUGGAUGUAUCAUUGCAAGAUCUCAUAUUUCAAUGACUUAACCAGUGGAGGAUGUAGUCAAAUAUUAAGCUUAAAUAAUAUCAUGUUGUCGAAAACUAUUUAAACCUGUCUUUGUAUCAACAUAUAUAUUGGAAUCUAUGAGUGUUCAACUUAAACCCUCGUUUGCAGAUAUGGGAGAUAUUUCUAAUAUUGUUAAACAAUAUAUAGACGGAAUCCUAUUAUCAGGAGAAACUAGUUUUGGGAAAUUUCCAGUUUUGAUAGUUUAAACUCUGAAUAAUAUUUGUCGAAAAAUAGAGAAAAAACUACUUUAAGAACUUUUUGAUCAUCCUUAACAAAGGGAUCAAUAUCAAUAAUUGCCAAAUCAUGUGUUGAAAUGGCUUAUAUGUAUUAAAUACUCAGCCAUUCUGAUGUUAACUCGCAGAAUAUAAACUACUUUGAAACUAUCAAAAUUGAGAGCAUCUUGUAAGAUAAUUUCAAUAAGUGAUAACUAACAGAUUUGCAGAUGCUUAAAUUACAUUAAUAAUGUGUAAUCAGAAUUAGUAAAUGGAUUUGCAAAUUAGGAAGAAAUUAUUUAGGAGUGCAUUUCAAGAUUGAUUGCUAAAAAUUUACUUUAACCUAAAGAUUACAUCGUAGUUAUUACUGGAAUGGUAGUUUAGAACAAAGAUUGGCAUAUUAAUUAGAUGAAAGUCCUGGAAAUAUGAAAACAUAUUUAAUGAAGCUUUUUAUUAAUAGUAUUU